AUUGCGCACCGUUGGAGCGACGAAAAUCAUCAAGGAGGGAGGUUGACACGCACACAACAACACAUCCCCAAUACACCGUAACUCGUCCCAGCCUGGCCCUGAGUGGCAUUGCUGUGCACCGUCUGUACCAUGUGGGCCAUCUUCUCCCGGGACGCCAGCAGCAGCUUCCCCUACGAGCUUGGGGAAGCGGCGGGACAGGAGGACAACAGGAGUGUGUGGAGGCUGCAUAAGGGCAAGAAAAAGCAAAAUGGGGAGGAGGUGAGCAUCUUUGUGUGUGGCGGCAAGGACUCCAACCCCGGGCACAUCGAGGCGGCCAAGGCAGCUGUCAAGAGGCUCAAGACGCUGCGCCACCCCUGCAUCCUCACCUACCUGGACAGCCUGGAGAAUGACAAACAGGUCCAGCUGGUGACAGAGCCCGUCAGCCCCCUGCUCACCUGGCUGACAGAGGACACACUCAGCCCCGCCCAGCGCACCUCUGCCAUCUCCUGGGGGCUGCUGCAGGUCACGAAGGCGUUGAGCUUCCUGAACAACGAGGGGAGCCUCACCCACCACAAUGUGUGUGCCAGCAGCAUCUUUGUCACAGCGGGAGGGGAGUGGAAGCUGGGCGGGGUGGAGUACUGCAGCAGCUCAGACCAGUACACAUUCCCAACCAAGCUGCUCCCUCAGCUGGAUGUGUACAACCCCCCAGAGCGCUUCGAUCCCAGCAAGCAGCGCACCACCACCAAAUGGGCAGCAGACAUAUGGGGACUCGGGUGUCUGGUGUGGGAGACCUUCAAUGGCACCCUGGAUCAGUCCAUCAACCUCAAGAACACUUCAAAGAUCCCCAAAUCCCUGGUGCCAACAUACACCCGGCUGGUGGGUGCAUCCCCUGCCUCACGCCCCAAUCCCCGGGAGGUGGUGUCGUCUCUAAGCCAGCCCGGCCAGUUCUUCCACAACGACCUAGUGGAGACUCUCACCUUCCUAGAUGAGAUACAGAUUAAGGACAACAAUGAGAGGCACAAGUUCUUCUCACAGCUAGCAGGACGGCUGGACAGCAUCCCACAGUGUAUGGCGGUGAACAAGGUGCUGCCGGCGCUGCUGGCAGCUCAUGAGUUCUCCAACGCUGGCUCGGCAGUGCUGGCUCCGCUCUUCAAGAUUGGCCAGCUGCUGGGGGAGGCAGAGUACCAGCAGCAGAUCCUCCCCUGUGUGGUGCGGCUCUUCUCCUCCAGCGACCGAGCCACUCGCCUCCGUCUUCUCCAACAGGCAGGAGACUUGGCCACCCACAUCGACCCUGCCACUCUCAACACCCAGGUCUUCCCCCACCUCGCCUCAGGCUUCCUUGACACCAACCCCACCAUCAGGGAAAACACUGUCAAGUCCAUCCGGUUCUUCGGGCCAAAGCUCAACUAUCAGAACUUGAACGUGGAGGUGCUCAAGCACUUUGCCCGGCUGCAGGCCAAGGAUGAGCAGGGUGGCAUCCGCACCAACACCACAGUCUGCCUGGGGAAGAUUGCUGGCAACCUCCACCCAGAUGUGCGACAGAAGUGUCUGGUCUCAGCCUUCCUCCGGGCCACACGCGACCCCUUCCCCCCAGCAAGGACGGCCGGUGUGCUGGCCCUCGCUGCCACACAACAGUUCUACAACCUCCAGGAUGUGGCCAGCAAGAUCCUGCCAAGCCUUUGCAUGCUGACCCUGGAUCCAGAGAAGAGUGUGAGGGACGCGGUGUUCAAGGUGCUCAAGGGCUUCCUCAGCAAGGUGGAGAAGGUGUCUGAGGACCCAUCACUUAGGGAGGAGAUGGAGGCUGAGGUGCACCAGGCCAGCUCCAGCAGCCAGCCGUCCUCCUGGGCCGGGUGGGCAGUGGGCGCCAUCACCUCCAAGUUCUACAAGGGCGGCCCCACCUCCUCCACGCCAGCCACCACUCCAACGUCCACGGCACCUAGCAAACAGCCUCCAACCUCCCGAACUCCACAGUCAGGCAGCAGCACUCCGUCCACGCAGACCUCCAGCAUGGCACCCACCCCAGACCCGGCUGGGCGAGGGGCAGCCGAGGAGGAGGAAGAUGAGGAGGAGGAGGACAACUGGGACACUAAUGAAUGGGGAUCCUUGGAGGAGUGUGAGGAGACGCCAAGCCCAGGAGGGACAGCCAGUGAAGGGGACGGGGGCUGGGAGGAUGCAGAGGACUGGAGUGGCCUUGGUCUUGGCAGUGCACUUAGUACCAACCAGCACCAGGCAGCAGCAGUAGGGGCCCUUGAGUCCGCAUUCUCCUCCCUCUCCACUGCUGCCAACACCACCACCUCCAUUAGGCCUCCCAACCUCCAGAGACAGCAACCACCACCACCACUAGGAGACCCAAAUAGCUUCUUCAACUCUCUCAGCCAGAACACAAACACCAAAGGAACUACUCAUCAUCGCCCUGCUGCUGCUGCCACUACUCCGUCCAAGCCCUCGUCUGACCUGGGAGGCUGGGAUGAGUGGGAGCAGGAGGAUGUUACUGCUGCUUUGUCUCAAGGGCUAGGCUUCAGCAGCAGCAGCAGCAGCAGCAGCAGCAAGGGGGAUGAGGCAAGGCAGCAGAGGGAGGAGAGGCGACUGCAGCGACAGCGGGAGAUAGAGGCCAAGAGAGCAGCACGUGCAGGCCCCAUGAAGCUUGGUGCCAAGAAAAUCUGAGCUGGGAGGAGCAAGCAAGAGUGGAAGGAAGUCACAGGGAGGCAUGGAUGAAAAGAAGAGGAGAGUGGAGAUAAGAUAUAAAAAAAAAAACAUAGAGGUAGAGAAAUGCAAGGAAUGGAGGAAAUAAAAUAGAGGAAAGAGGAGAAUAGAAGGCAAGGAGGUAACAGGAAGAUGGAGACAAUCUAUGAAAAAACAGGGAGGAAGAGAAAUGCAAGUAAUGGAGGCAGAGGAAGACAGGAACAGGGAAAUGGAUGGGAGAGAGAGAAAGGAAGGUGUGCUGGUGUCAGAGAUUGAAAUCAGGCAAUACUAAAGGAGAUAAAGAAGAUCAUUAAGGAAAAGAUAUGAUUAACCACACACACACACAUACACACACACACACACACACACACACACACACACACACACACACACACACACACACACACACACACACACACACACACACACACACACACACACACACACACACAU